UUAAAUUAUUUAAUUAUGGUGGAGAUUCAAAGAAUUUAUGUAUUCCUAGCUAUUUUCACAAUUGUAUAUUUUCUUGAGGCUAUAGGCGGAACUUAUAUGGUAACGGCAGUACAGAACAUCGAAAGGCAUUUCAGAAUUCCUUCAAAAUUGUCGGGUCUACUCGUCUCUGCACAUGACAUCUCCUAUGUAUUAACAGUGGUAUUGGUCUCUUACUACGGUUCUAGGGGCACCAUAGUUAUGGCAGUAGCACACAUAUUGACUGCCUCUUCCAACUAUUUAUUCCGCAGCAAUCCUGCAAAAUUAAACUUGACACAAAUGGAGGUUAGGCUAAGGCCCAAUGCCAGCUUGUUAGAGUCAUCUCCUCUAACUACAAACAUAUCAACUUUGAAAGAAUUUUUUGACUUUGAACCUAUUAGAGACAGAAUAUCCCCUUAUUUACGCGAAGCAUUAAUAUUAGCUACAAUGGAAAAUAGAAAUUAUUCCAAUGAGACAAGCAUGGUUGAACUACCAAAACGUCCAAUCUAUGCGGGGGAAAAUAAAAAGAGUGGAGGAGAUUACGCUUUGGAUGAGCCUUUAAUGGGGGAGGUAAAUUUAAAAAUAUUUUCAUACCCAUUGAUAAAAAUAGAGAGGAAGUACCGUAUUUCCUUAAAUAAUCCUUAGAGUAAUUAUUUUUGUUAGAUCUCGCCAGAGACCGGGGGGGGGGGAAUUAAUCGAGGGCGUGCAAUUGAUAAAGGUUAUAUGAUAGUUAUAUGUAGAACAGGGUGUCCCUUUCCAAAUCCCCUAAAGGGGGCUCUCAAAAAGGGGCAACGGAGAAAAGGAGGCGAGAAGGUCAAAAGGGAGUGCCUCCCAAAUGAGGCAA